CUGCUGUUACUGGCCUGUUACACUGUUCUUACAUCCUGAAGGGGACACCAUGGCUAGCCAGAAGGACUACAACGAAGCUCUACAUGAAUUCAAGGGGCUGUUCCAGAGGUUUCCACUGGUGCCAGUUUAUGGGAUCCCAUUGAUGGAACCCAUUGCUCAUCAAUGGGCUCCUAUUGAAAAUUUUGAAGCACGAGUGGAUGACUUGCUCAUCUCGACCUACCCCAAAUCAGGUACCACCUGGAUGCAAGAGAUUGUUGAUUUGAUUUUUGCUACUGGUGAUGUGGAAAAAGCUCGGCGGGCACCCGUAUACGUCCGUAUCCCAUGCCUAGAAAUCUGUUCCCCACCCCCUGUGCCUUCAGGGGUCGAUAGGCUGGUGAAUGCACCAUCUCCUCGUGUGAUCAAAAGCCACUUGCCCUUUCAGCUUCUUCCUAAAUCCUUUUUGGAAAAGAAUUGCAAAAUUAUUUAUGUUGCUCGUAAUGCCAAGGAUAACCUGGUUUCCUAUUACUUCUAUGAUCUGAUGAACCGGACACAGCCAGAUCCAGGGCCCUGGGAUGGUUAUGUUAAGAAAUUCAUGGAGGGCAAAGUUGCAUGGGGCUCUUGGUACGAUCAUGUUCGGCGUUGCUGGGAUGAGAGAGCAAACCACCGCAUCCUGUACGUUUUCUAUGAGGACAUGAAAGAAGACCUGGCACAUGAAAUCCGGCGAGUGAAGGAUUUCCUGGAGGUAGAACUGUCUGAAGACAUUGUUCAGAAGAUUGCCCACCAUACCUCCUUCCAGAUCAUGAAGGACAAUCCGAUGGCAAAUUAUGACACUCUCCCCAGCACCUUCUUGGAUAGGACAAAAAGUUCCUUUAUGAGAAAAGGUGAAGUUGGUGACUGGAAGAAUUAUUUUACGGUGGCUCAAAGAGAGGCGUUUGAUGCUGAUUACCAGCGAAAGAUGGAAGGAACAACCCUGCGUUUCAGAGAUGUAUUAUAGGCUCAGAAACUUACCUCUUCAGGGAUUUUUUCUGUCCAGGGCAAAGAUGUUUCUCCUCACUUUGCACUUUUGUUAAGAGAGAUGCAGGUACUUUUAAAAACAUGAAAUGUCUUGUGUACAUUGGAACAGUGAUUUUUAAAAAAUGAGUUCUGAUUCUGAAAUACAGGGUAUCUUGGUACAGCGCCGUGACCUUGAAGUCUACCAUGAAUUCAUCUUAGCGGAACCCUGAACUUGCUAGGCAACCUUAAGCAUACCUUUAAAUUGUUUCUCAGCCGCACCUGACCUGCAGUAUGUAUUGGAAUAUGUGGAGAAACAGCGUCCGACCAAAAAUGAAUCCCCAUGCUUCAAAUAUUGUGGCUGCUCUCUGCCCAUAGACAGGAACCCUGCUGCAGAAUGAUAGAGGGCAGAGGGAAGAGUGGUUGGAGGCAGGAGCCCUUGAACUCCUAGCACAGAGCACUCACGCUCUUACUUAUGUUAAUGUCUUACUACUCCAUCCCCUGCUAGUAAGUCACACACAGAGUCAAAAAGGUGAGAAAACUAAAGUGAUAGGAGGAAAACUCUUCCUUUGCAGGGCCAUCCCAAAAGGGAGAGGGGGAAAAGAGGUUAUAAAAACUCUGGACACGGGGGAAAGGUGUCUCUUCCAUUUUGGACAGUUCUUCAGAUGUACACAAUCCAUGAUGUACUACACUUUUACCAAGGGAUUCCAUCUUGUCUACAAGGCAAGGGAAUGAUGGAGGGGAGUCCCAACUAGACAUGGGCACGAACAAAAAACAAACAUGGUGUUCGUUGUUCAUUGCCACCCACGAACAAUGAACAACGAACAUUGACGUUCAUGACCUGUUCACGAACAUGUUCGUUGUUCGUAGGGGCCAGCAGGCUCUCCUCCAGCAAUCAAGAUCCCUACCACACCACUGCCAGAAACCCUACCUGAGCAGGCAGCAGGAAAUGUACCAAUAAUAAAUAAUAGCUUGGCAAUAAUAGCUUGGCCUAGAGCCUGGCAGCAGCCCUGGAACUUGAAGAGGUAGAUCCCUAUCCCACCACACACAAAGAAAUUUCAAGCUCCAAUGCACUCUCCCUGUCUCUCUCUCAAAAUGCCAACAGCAACUGUCUCUCCCUCACCGUCUGCAAAACCAGAGCUGGGAGCCCCCCGCCCCUGCUCUUUGCUUCCUUGUAACAAAUUUGGAGCUCCAUACUUGAAAGGAAGACCUGCCUAUCAAGCUAAAUUGGGCUUAGAUUGGGGUUUCCAGGGCAACAGCAGGAGUUCAGACAGAGUUCAGGCAGUCUCUGCCUCCAGUUGCCAAGGGAAUUGAUUGCAGGUGCCAGACUGGCUUGCUUGACGAACAGCAACGAAAGAGGCUUGCAACGACUGCCUGUUCAUUUAGAAUGGGGCCUCAGGGACAGCUUGUCCGGGAACAGCUGAUUGGGCUGUUUGUGGCUUUUUUUUUAGUUCAUAUUGCUGUUCGUGCCCAUCUCUAGUCCCAACCUGGAGGGCUAGGUAAUGAUUAAGUCUACCUUACUGCAACUUCAAGUAAAGCUUGCCUGUUCUAAUAUUCUGCAUCAUUUAGGAAGUGCCUGUUACGGGGACAGAAGGCUGCAUGUUUUCUCCUUUUCUUUUCAAAUUGCUUGAACAGACUAGAACAUGUGUAUACUUUCAUUCAUUUAUUAAACUUACUUAUAUUUUAAAUGUUCUAAGGGAUUUUCUACACACUUGACUUAUUCUGAUUUUCUUAGCAGUCAGUCCUCAAGCACUGGGAUCAGUUUGGGUAUGGUUAUUCCACAUGUCUGCCCUCUCUCAGAAUUUUAAGAGUUGUGGUUUAUUUUGUUCUUCACAUGACUUAAGUCAUCAAGAUUUUCAAGGGAGGGUGCUGUCAUCAUCAGUGACAUCCUCAGCCCCCCCCCCCCGCUUUUUUUUUGUGCAUGAGUAUAUCACUCUAUCAAUAUAAGGACUGAUUUUUUUAAAAUGAAAACAUGAUGAAGAUGGUUGUUGGCGUUUUUGGAGUUUGGG